CCUCCACCUACCAAGCCACCUCCCACACCCAUAUCCUCUUCCUUCCCAAACACAGUCUCAACUUUCUCCCAUAAACAAUGGAGUACUCAACAUUCCAGCUUUCUCCCUGGCACUAUAUGCUUGCAUCUGCUUCCCUUUUCUCCCAUCAAUUCACCCCAGAAAACUAUGUUCGUUGGACCCAAACUCCAGAAUCUCAUAUUUUCUCUGCUGACCUCCCAGGUGUAAGUAAAAAGGAAAUAAAAGUGGAAGUUGAGGAUUCAAUAUAUCUUAUAAUUAGGACUGAGGCCAUUGAUGAAUCAACAAAGCCAGCCAAGAGCUUCAUGAGAAAAUUCCGGCUGCCGAGAAUGGUGGAUAUCGACGGAAUAUCUGCCGGAUACCAAGACGGGGUCUUGACCGUGACGGUGCCUAGGUCUCUGAGUAGAGGGUUCUAUAUUGACCCAGCAGAUAUUCCUGAGAGGCUAGAAGUUGUUGCCAGAGCCGCUUGAAUUAGGAAAUGCAGUGUUUGGUUGGUUAGUUAUUUGGGCAGUAUGAAUUGGGAUUCUGUACGAGGAAAUUGUUUUAUUACAGAAAAGCUGUGAUUUUCCUGAGAAUCAAAAGUCCAGGACCAA